CAAAAUUAUCCUGAAUAAGAUACCAUGUAUUAUAAUUACCCUAAAAUAUAUUGGAAGUUUGUAAUACUACAUUUUUUAACAUGUAAAGAUUCAAUUUUUACAAAGUUUUAUGUAGCAAGGGGUGUUGUUCAAAUUAGCCCAAGAAUCUAGCAAAAUCCCCCGACAUCAGUCUCCAAGUCUAAUCUCCCCACUUCCAACAUUCCUUCGAGAAGCCAUCAUUUCGCAAACCCCCCUUUUUUUAAUUUUUCUGAAUCAUCAAGCAAUCAAACGGGGAUGGCUGCCUACAAGGGCGAAGAUGAGUACGAUUAUCUCUUCAAACUAGUGCUAAUCGGCGAUUCGGGUGUUGGGAAAUCGAAUCUUCUCUCGAGAUUCACCAAGAACGAGUUCAAUCUCGAGUCCAAGUCCACUAUAGGCGUUGAGUUCGCAACCCGGAGUCUUAAUAUUGAUGGUAAAGUUAUCAAGGCUCAGAUUUGGGAUACCGCCGGUCAAGAAAGAUAUCGUGCCAUCACUAGUGCUUACUAUCGAGGAGCCGUUGGUGCAUUGCUCGUAUAUGAUGUUACUCGACGUUCUACUUUUGAGAAUGUUUUAAGAUGGCUCAACGAACUGAGAGAUCACACUGAUCCAAAUAUUGUGGUCAUGCUCAUCGGCAACAAAUCAGAUCUUCGCCAUCUGAGGGCUGUUUCAACAGAGGAUGGUCAAGAAUUAGCUGAGAGGGAGUCUCUCUACUUCAUGGAGACUUCUGCUUUGGAAGCAAUCAACGUUGAUAAUGCUUUCACCGAAGUCCUCGCUGAGAUUCACCGAGUUGUGAGCAGGAAGGCAGUUGAGGCUGGCGAUGAAGCUGCUACUUCUUCUGUUCCAUCUAAAGGGCAAACCAUUAAUGUCAAAGACGACACUUCUGCUUGGAAGAAACUCGGGUGCUGCUCAAGCUAGGAGUUGGAAGUUGAGGGGGACGUGACUACAUUAAUCCUGAAUAUGCAAGGUGUAUAUUCGUGAAAACUUGAAUUCAAUUGAAGCACAACAAGGUGAUAGUUUCUUUGGUUAGAAUGCAAAGACAAGGGUCAGUUUUAAGUAUGCUUUCGGACUCUGGUGUUGGGAUUAUUAUUCAUGGAAAACCAUUAUAUAUGAUAGUUACAACAUCUCA